AUGCCUAGCUCGGUCCGUUAUUUAUAUUCGGUCUUUUAUUUAAAUCUACGACGCCGCGCUUUUAUCUAUAUUUAUAUCUAUCGUCGUCGCUUCCCCUCUAUUUAUAAGAGCGGGACCACGGCUCGUAUUAAUACUAGUCUCCGUAUCGGGUCCGCCCGUAUUGCUAUUGACGCCUAG